AUGGCUCUUCCACCCAAAUUUUCCGGACAGCUACUGCCCGCAAUGGACGCGAAAGAAAAGCACACGAUUGAACUGUACUUGGACUAUGUCUGUCCAUUCUCGGCCAAGUUCUUCAAGACCUUCUACAAGAGAGUUGUGCCUUUAAUAGAGAAGAAGUACACGAAUCCAGGCGUACAAGUCAUCUUCCGUCAACAAAUCCAGCCGUGGCAUCCGUCUUCUACGCUUGUCCAUGAAGCCGGUGCUGCCGUACUAAGAACGGCUCCCAAAUCUUUCUGGGCAUUUUCGGAGAAGCUCUUCGAACGGCAGAAAGACUACUUCGAUGUUGGCGUAGUCAAUGAAACGCGCAACCACACCUACAAGAGGCUUGCUAAGUUGGCCGGCUCAAUAGACGGCAUUGAUGAGAAAGCUGUCCUAGAGUUACUUCUGGUACCUGAUAAGCCCUCAGAAGAUGGUGACUCCAACGUCGGCAACAAAGUGACCGACGACAUCAAAUUUAUGACCAAGGCCAAUCGACUUACAGGGGUUCAUGUUACUCCAACAGUCCUGUUCAACGGGGUCGAGGAGCGAAGCAUCAGCAGUGGAUGGAUCGUGGAGCAAUGGGAAGAUUGGCUGCAGAAGAAUGCCACUUAA